AUGGAUUCUGUUGAGUUUAAGAACCAACGAAAUAUAGAGCUCUUCAGUAUCGAGAAUGAACCAGAAAAUGAAAAUUGUGAACCAUCAAACAGUUCAGUGAACAGUAACUUUUUCCUUAAUGACGAAUCCAAAGCUCUUAAAGUCAAAGAGCUUGCCACAGAAUUGCAAAUUAAUGAGAGAAAGCUUAGGUGGAAGGUUGACUUUUUCGUCUUGGCUCCGUUCUGUCUUCUUUAUCUCAUCGCAAAUUUUGACCGUACGCAUUUUGGGCUUCUUUAUCUUAAUGGUAUCACCUCUACCCUCGAAAUCACCCAAUUACAGUAUUUCGCGGCCUGUGCUGCUUUCUUUUCCCCAUAUGUGUUUUUCCAAUUCUUCUCCAACUUGAUAUUGAAAUCCGUCAGACCUCAUUUCUGGAUCAGUAUUUCUGUUUUAUUCUAUGGGACGUUUGUUCUUGCCUCUGCGUUUGUGAAAAGUUAUGGUGCUUAUGUCGUUUGUGAAUUCUUCCAUGGUGUGUUCCAAUCAGGUUGUGACAGUGCCGUCUUUUAUAUCCUUGCACAUUAUUAUGAGAGAAGAGAAUCACAAAAGAGAAUCUCAUAUUUGUAUUCCACUCAGCACAUUGCCAUUCUUGUUAAUAACGUCGUAUGCUACGGUAUCAACCUUCAUAUGCAUAACCGGUAUGGGCUUGAAACUUGGAGAUGGCUAUUGAUAAUCCAAGGCAGUAUCACCAUGGGCACUUCUAUCAUCUUGUUUUUCGUUUUGCCAGACUUCCCUGAAGGUAUGAGAUUCUUCACUAACAACGAAACCCUCUUCAUCGUCAAGAAGUUGGAAGUUUACUUUGGGAAGUCGGGGUACAAUAUUAGUUUCUCUAGGGAAGAUGUCACCGAAACCCUUAAAGAUCCGAUGAUUUGGCUCCCAGGGAUCACUGCCAUGUUCUUGGGCUGUGUUACUUAUGUUUUCACUUUCAUCGAGACUAUCAGUUUCAGCUUUGCUGGUUACUCACUUGAGGGUGCCAUGGAAAGAGCGACGUAUACAUGGAUUGUUGGGUUCUUUUAUAUUCUUAUUACCGGGCAUAUGUCGGAUUACUUUGGCAAACGGUCUCCAUUCAUCAUUGCUAGUUCUAUAUUUUCAUUGUACGGACUUUUGGUGCUUCGGUAUGCUGACUACUUGAGUUUGCGAAACGCUUGGAGAUAUUCUACUAAUUUCUUGAUUGCUUGCGGGUCAUACUCUGCUUUUCCGCAUUUCAUUGGAUGGGCAACUUUCAACUUAUGUGGACACUUGAGAAGGUCUGUGGCGACCUCGCUCAUGAUUAGCUUAUCAGAUUUGUCAGGUCUUUAUGGAUUGUUUGUUCUCCUUAAUAACAAUGCCGAACUCACCAAGGCUACCACGGUAGGGUACAUCUGGGAAAUUGUGGCGAUUGUAUUGGUAUUUGGAUAUGUGUUCUUGGUUUAUCACGAAAACAAGAAGAAGAGAUCAGCAGAAUAUAAAGACAAUUUCUACCUGCUUUCUGAACGAAAGAAAAUUCUAAUAGGUGACAAAAACCCAAGCUUCGAUUACCUGUAUUAG